UUCGCCGACUUCAGGGUGCUGGGCAAGGGCGGCUUCGGCGAGGUCUGCGCCUGCCAGCGCCGCGCCACCGGCAAGAUGUACGCCAACAAGCGCCUCAACAAGAAGCGCCUGAAGAAGCGCCAGGGCUACGAGGCGGCGCUGGUGGAGAAGCGGAUCCUGGCACGCGUGCACAGCCGCUUCAUCGUCUCGCUGGCCUGCGCCUUCCAGACCAAGACCGACCUCUGCCUCGUCAUGACCAUCAUGAACGGCGGCGACCUGCGGUACCACAUAUACAACGUGGACGAGGACAACCCCGGGUUCCUCGAGCCGCGGGCCGUGUUUUACACCGCCCAGAUCCUGCUGGGGCUGGAGCACCUGCACCAGCACCGCAUCGUCUACCGCGACCUCAAGCCCGAGAACGUCCUCCUCGAUGACGCCGGCGACGUCCGUCUGUCUGACAUGGGUUUGGCCGUGGAGCUCAAGGAGGGACAGACAAAAACCCGCGGCUACGCCGGGACCCCGGGGUUCAUGGCGCCGGAGGUGCUGCGGGACGAGGAGUACGACUGGGCCGUCGACUACUUCACGCUGGGGGUGACCCUCUACGAGAUGCUGGCGGCCAAGGGACCCUUCCGAAGCCGGGGGGAGAAGGUGGAGAACAAGGAGGUGACACGACGCAUCCUAAACGACCCCGUCAGCUACUCGGACCGGUUCAGCCCGGUGGCACGAGCCGCCUGCGAGGGUUUGCUAGCCAAGGAGCCCGGCACCCGCCUCGGCUUCCGGGGCAACGACUGCGCCCAACUCAAGGCGCACCCCCUCUUCGCCGCCGUCAACUGGGGGCGCCUGGAGGCAG